AGACUAAAAUGCCCCUCCGUAAUUUCUCAAUGGACUGACGCCAUUGUCUCUCGCCUCCCCAGACGACGCCGCCGCCAUCUCCCUCCCCGGCCGCCUCCCCGGUCGCCGCUGCUUGCUGCGCCGGCCUACUAGAGCCGCGAUUCCCCCAGUCGGACGGAGAGAUGCCGCGGAUUCCCCUGAUCAAGUUCCCCAGGAGGAAUCCCAAGCUCCCAUCCCCUUCGCCAUCCUCACCAGCGGCGCAGCCUGCGGAACAGCACGCGACCCUCAUGUCCCGACUGGGAGCUAAAUCAGAGGCACCAUCUUCUUCUGGAGAGAUUAAAAAUUACCGCUUUAGAUCAGAUGUACCUUCCCCACCUUCUUAUACAGCUGUUGGAGGGUCAGCGUCACUCCUUCCAAAGCGCAAGCCACUGUCAGAGGAAGAGAUUGAGGCUAUCAUGCUAGGUGGCAUCUUCUGAUGUUGCUUCCCAUGAAUAAGAAACUGAACCUUUUGAUUGAGGUUUACUAGAGCCGUGUCGAUAUCAAACUUUUAGUUUUACUGCAUUGUGGUGUCAGGAAGUAGCUGCCAUGACACUCCUUUCAUGAGUAUUCCCAACAUGACGAAUUCGUCAAAACUGAACAUGCAAUACAUCAGCUCCUGCAAAAAUAUGUUGAUCAUGGAAUUAUACCAUGAAACUCCAUUUUGUCUUGUUAGUGCAAUUCUCAUUUCUAAAUAACCCGGCGGAAUUGUCUUAUUCCAGUA